UUCGAUAAGAAUACGCCAGCUGAGACGCCACGUUGUUAUCAUGAAGUACAGUGUUUUGCUCGUCCUCCUUCUCGGAGUUGCUAAUACCCUAUCGAUAAGUUCCGGCCACAAACGAGUCCGUCGAGAAGAGAGCCAUUCGGCGAUAACAACGACCCCCGCAUCCCCAACACUUGGAACAUUCGCCGGGAAGUGUCUUGUUUGUCCGCUUGGUGAGCCACCAUGUAAUUCUCCCGUAGCCCAAACAAUCAAGGACCCUUAUUACACGUGGCAUAUCUAUGAUCAUGAAGCAAAGGCAAAAGACCAUACCAAGCCGGACGCAAAGGACGAAGACGGAUGCAAGAAGGCGUGCGUGGACCAAAAAGGCUGUUUCCAGGCUACCUUUGUCCAAAGUACUUCCUCGUGUCAUCUAAAUGGUAACUUCAUCCACCAAGAUAUCUGCCAAAAAGGAGAAAAGCAAGAAAACAGAGUACCAGAAAAAAGCUGUGUGCAAGAGAAAGUCAAAUGCGAAUCGAAGAUAGCACCAAUUGUUGCGUAUGUUGGUCAUGAGGAGUCGACCCCUCAGCAGGAUAUGCAGGAAUGUCAGAAUCUGGCGAUUUCUGACAAAAAUCAGCAUAAGGACUGUGAGACGGAACGCUGCAAUGCCGUUAAGGUGACAGGCAAGAAGUGUGAGAUCCUGAUAGACGCAAAGUGUACCUUCGGUGGUAAUGGCAAUUGGUCCCACUUGGUGAUUGGCAUGAUGGAGGUGACAAAAGGGUACAUCAUGAAAACGGACAAUUCCGCUCAAGAUGGCGAUCAAUGUGCUGAAAAAUGCCGCGAGAGUGACGAUGCUGCUGUGAACUAUUGCAGCGGAGGAAUGAUGUACGUUCACGACAAAUGCUACUACCUGAGCGUGAAAGCCACUUCUGAUCUGUUCGUUCGAUGGCACAAAUGCCCAAGGUAUAAAAGUGACGACCUGACAAAGAAGAACAGUGAGUAAAUGGGAGCCUCAUGUGAUACAUCAGAUAUCCAUUACCCCCACUGGAGUGGUGUGACUACAGAAGGAUAGAUGAACUAUGCAAUUUAGAAAUCAUUCUUGGACAUACAUAUAGGCUGGCUAGUACUUUCAGCAGUCUCAGACCGGUUCUCGAUAGUUGAAGCCAUAUACAUGUACACCGAACUUCCAGCGGUAUUGCCACCGUAACCUCCACCCAUGUAUACCGACGCGCGUUGUCUUGAAGCUGAGUUAUGUCAAUACAUUAAGGGUCAAGACGGUUAUUAAAGCUACAUGUAGGCCUACAUUUGUAGAUAUUAAGCACAUGGUCGUUCAGUUCAAUGACAGAAAGACAUUGGGUGAGAUGAGUAAAGACUAGCAAAUGCUUUUAUCUAAAACUCCAUGUACAUUUACACUAGGCCUUUCUGUACAAAAUUGAAGUAAAAGCAUUUGCUCGAUUUCAUUCAUAUCAGCAUACCGAGUUGUCCAAUGAUCUAGACCUUAUGUUUUGGCUGCGUAGUAAUUUCGUAAUUGAUCAGCAGGCCUCUGAUCGGUGAAACGACUAGAGUAUUACCAAGGCUACAAGGAUGGGUUUACAUGGAGUUACAUGGACUUUACGUUGUUACUUUACGGUUUUCACACGGCAUUCGUGACAUCAAGAACGAAAAAGUCAUUUCCAACAAGCGUCACAUAUUCCACUUUUCCCCCUCCUUUUAUGCAAUGUCUAUUCCCAUGAUUUAUCUUUAAAUGACAUUGUCAUGUAUUUAAGUUAGUUGCAUGGCAUUGUCAGACGCAUUGUCGUAUCGAUACUUACUAUCAAAACAUGCAUUUUCAUCCAUUUCUGUCGGUCGUGUUGUAUUCGUGGUAUUCGAAUGAAAAAAUUACCGUACAUGUUUGUAUAUUUAGGGCUGAAUACCAUGAUCACAUUGUUAGCUAGUGUCCGUGCCAUGAUGAUAUAGAAAGGCCAUAAAUAACACCAAGAAGCCAUACACUCUUAGAAAUAAAGCUUUUUGGCUGAGGUUUUUUGGUCAACACAAAAUGAAUUAAGCUACCCGUAGACGCUUUUCAGCGAAACGAAAAAGCCUUUCAGAAUUUUAAAAACCAUCGUUUUUUCCAUUUUACAGAAAUCUCCACAGGCGUGUUGCACAUUUCUGUUGGCCGAAAACCUUUAAAGUUCUUUUCAAAAGUUCAAAAACCUUUAUUUUUAUGAGUGUACUUAUUGACCUAAGUGUGUCCAAUGAAGAUCAUACUCUGAAUGAUUUCUACAUGUUAAGCACCUCAUGUUUGGUUUGGUUUUGUGCACACACCAAAGCUAUAUUACAUGUACUUGUGAUUGGACGAAUAAUCGCGUGCCUCACCUUAGCUUUCCAUGACGCCUAAUACCACAUCUCUACAUUUCGUGGCAGUUAUUAGAGUUUCAUGUUCAGAUAGAUUUAAAAUAUGGUGUUUUGCUUGACAGAUGGGGUGUAAAGAAUAUUUAGUAUUACAGAAAUGGCGAAUAAAAUCUUACUUGUGAUUGGACGAAUAAUCGCGUGCCUCACCUUAGCUUUCCAUGACGCCUAAUACCACAUCUGUACAUUUCAUGGCAGUUAUUAGAGUUUCAUGUUCAGGAAGAUUUAAAAUAUGGUGUUUUGCUUGACAGAUGGGGUGUAAAGAAUAUUUAGUAUUACAGAAAUGGCGAAUAAAAUCUUACUUGUGAUUGGACGAAUAAUCGCGUGCCUCGCCUUAGCUUUCCAUGACGCCUAAUACCACAUCUGUACAUUUCAUGGCAGUUAUUAGAGUUUCAUGUUCAGGAAGAUUUAAAAUAUGGUGUUUUGCUUGACAGAUAUAAAAUAUGGGGUGUAAAGAAUAUUUCGUAUUACAGAAAUGGCGAAUAAAAUCUUACUUGGGCAUCAGUUGAGGGGACAAUAUAGACAGCAGCUAGGCAGGCAAGAUAAAGUUACACAAAGUCGCCAAUAGGGGUCUCUCACACCUCACAGUACGUCGAAAUGAUUCACGCUUGUACAAGGAAUAUACUUAGAGCUGAGUCUGACAUGACCAAGGGCCCUUACUGUAUAUACUAGUCACUUGAAUAUGGCCAAAUUAGCCCCUCUGCUCCUGCCUAUAGUCCCCUUUAAGUACAGAUAUUGGGGCCUGUAUUUUACUUUACAACAUGUCUGUGAAAACCAGGUGUUAUUUUAGAAUAAAAAUAAGAAGUGCUCUCUG